AUGGAAAAAGCGUGGCACCGCGCGAACUUCGUCUUGCGACAACAUCCACCAUGUCGGCCUGCUCUCGGGGCGCGCUGUCUAGGAACCUACGGCUUGGUGUUCUGCGACUUAAUCCAAGAUAUCCUCGUCAACCAGCGCUCACAAUACCCUCGUUUCGCAUCACACCCCCAACCGCAAACUCCAUCACGCGCCACGGCCUACACACCCUCGCCUCUUUUCUACUACGCGCUUUCAACGACAAGCUGCUAUCGAAAACUUGACGGAUGUUCUACCAGGUGUGGCGCUUUUUCACAAACCGUUGAGCCAGAUGAACCGGGCUACUAUGGUGCGAGCCGGAAGCAAACUCGGAAACUCCUCGCCUCUAGACAACAAGCAAUUGAAGAACGGAGUACAGAGCUAGGAUUCGAAGGAAUAUCGACUAUUCAAGAUAGUGUUUCUGUGGAUGAUUCCCAUGGGAAGGAGGAGAUGGUGGCCCCUCGGCCUAUCCAAGAAGGUGCUCUAUUGGAGGAGGCCGAAAAUCCGGACACGCCGUCUCUAGAAUCGCCAACCCGAACUACCCAUGUUUGUGAUCGAUGCCAUGAUCUCAUCCACCAUAAUAAAGCAAUUGCCGCGCCCAAACCAGAUACUCUUGCGAUACGAGAAUACUUGAAGGAAUCCCCCUAUAAAGACAAUCGUGUCUACCAUGUCAUCGAUGCCGCCGACUUCCCCAUGUCCCUGAUUCCACGAGUUCACGACGCACUGUCAGUUAAGGGCCAGCGCUCAUUAAACCGACGUGCCUCACACGAAAAGUACCACGGUGGUCAAAAACUGCCUAGUCUCAGUUUUAUAAUCACACGCUCGGACUUGCUAGCAGCAACAAAAGAGCAGGUGGAUUCGAAGAUGGAGUAUGUCCGCAAUCAACUUCGUACUGCUCUUGGAAGAGCAGGGAGGGAUGUUCGAUUAGGCAAUAUCCACAUGGUUAGUGCGCAUCGCGGAUGGUGGACAAAGCAGGUUAAGGAAGAAAUUCGACAACAUGGCGGUGGCAUUUGGGUUGUUGGAAAGGCAAAUGUAGGAAAGAGCAGCUUCAUUGAAGCUUGUUUUCCCAAGGACCAGCGAACCAUGGAAAACAUGGCCCAAUGGAUUGAAGAGCAACGAGAGAGCGCCGAAGUCCCGAACCAGCGACAGGCAUAUCUACACGAUCCAAACAGCAUUUUACCCCCUGCGCCCCGUGAAGACCAAUUCCCUGUCCUUCCGGUCGUGUCUUCUAUGCCAGGAACAACGGUCUCGCCUAUUCGCAUUCCAUUCGGCCGUGGGAAAGGCGAGGUUAUUGACCUCCCAGGUAUGCAGCGUGGCCAGCUCGAGGACUUCGUUCGAGAUGAACAUAAACGUGAUUUGAUCAUGACCAAGCGAGUAAAACCUCAACGCUGUACGGUCAAACCCGGUCAAUCACUUCUGCUUGGUGGUGGGCUCAUACGACUCACCCCCGUGAACCCGGAUCACACACUUCUUGCUGCUUGUUUCAUUCCCAUUGAAACCCAUCUUACGAAGACUGAGAAGGCAAUUGAGAUUCAAACCGAGCAACGAGCGUACCCCGGUACAGUUCUGAUGAGUGAAGGAACUGGUAGCACCAUGAAAUCAGCUGGGAAAUUCGAUUUGAAGUGGGAUAUUACUCGUUCAAAUCUUCCCACGUCCGUUGCCAAGGCAGUAAAGGAUCGCAAAAUUCCUAUUCCCCAGCUGCCAUAUCAGGUUUUGUCUGCCGAUAUCCUGGUGGAGGGCUGUGGUUGGAUCGAGGUCAGCGUGCAGGUUCGCGCCAAACGCAAUGCCGAAGAGCCGCCCAUUUAUCCCCAAGUCGAGGUAUUUACCCCGAAUGGCAAACAUAUCGGAUCUCGCGAACCAAUGGAAUGUUGGAACUUCAUCGACGAGAAGCUUAAAGCAGACCGACGGAAAAGACCGCGCAUGAGAUACCGUUAUAGUUAG